AUGGCUUCUACAAUGCUUGCAUCUUUCCCUGGCACUGCUGCCAGCUACACUACCUCCCAUCUGAACAAGGACUCGGCUCCGUUAUUGGUCGAAGAGGACAACUAUACAUUUGAGCAGCUUGUUCAAGACUUGAGAAGCUACCUGGGUAGCUCUCGAGGCAUUGAUGGAGAAAAUGUUGACCACAACGUUCUGAUUGCCUUCAUGUCCAAAUACGCUUCCAACCCUAAAGACUGGUCACGGUUCGCACGCAACGACGUGAGCAAGAACUAUACUCGCAACUUGGUGGAGGAUAUCAAUGGCCGUGCCAACCUGCUGGUGUUGGUCUGGAACCCGCAAAAAGGCUCGCCCAUCCAUGACCACGCAGAUGCGCACUGCAUCAUGAAGAUUCUAGGGGGAGAACUGAACGAAGUGAUAUACGACACGCCAGACCCCGAACGGGGCCAUGAUACGCCUUUGACGGUCAAGCAAGAGACCACGUACAAGACCGACGAAGUUGCGUAUAUCUGUGACCAGAUCGGAUUGCAUAGGGUCAUGAACCCACAGAAAGACCAAGUUGCUGUUUCUUUGCACUUGUAUACGCCGCCCAAUGCCGCGGACUUCGGCUACAACAUCUAUGAUCGCGACACUGGACGGAGCAGCCAUGUCUAUCAGGCAUCUUAG